GCGGUGAGCGCGCUCCAGGCGGGGACAGAGGGGCCUGGCCCACGCGCUCAGGCCGCUGGGCGGCAGCUGCUGGACGCGCGGUGCGCCGACAGCCUGAGCUCGGGGCCGGCCAGGGAGUCUCCGCCACGCUCUGGGCCCGGCCCAUGGUGGAGCCCGCGGAGCUGCCGGCGCUCGGGACGGAGGCGGCGGGUGCUGGGCGUCUCCCGGCGCGCUGAGCCCGGGAUGAGGGCGCCCGCGCUGCUGCCGCCCGCGCUGCUGACCUGCUGCGGCUGGCUGCUGGUCCCCGUGAGCAGCAUUCACCCGGAAUGCCGAUUUCAUUUGGAAAUACAAGAGGAAGAAACAAAAUGUGCAGAGCUCCUGAAGGCUCAGACAGGAAAAUACAAGGCCUGCAGCGGUGUCUGGGACAACAUCACGUGCUGGCGGCCUGCGGACGUGGGAGAGACCGUCACGGUGCCCUGCCCAAAGGUGUUCAGCAAUUUCUACAGCAAACCAGGAAACAUAAGCAAAAACUGUACAAGUGAUGGCUGGUCAGAGAUGUUUCCGGAUUUCAUAGAUGCCUGUGGCUACAGUGACUCUGAGGAUGAGAGCAAGAUCACAUUUUAUAUUCUGGUGAAGGCCAUUUACACCCUGGGCUACAGUGUCUCUCUGAUGUCUCUUGCAACCGGAAGCAUAAUUCUUUGCCUCUUCAGGAAGCUGCACUGCACCAGGAACUACAUCCACCUGAACCUGUUCCUCUCCUUCAUCCUGAGAGCCAUUUCAGUGUUGGUCAAGGACGACAUCCUCUACUCCAGCUCGGGCACGCUGCACUGUCCCGACCAGCCGUCAUCCUGGGUUGGCUGCAAGCUGAGCCUGGUCUUCUUCCAGUACUGCAUCAUGGCCAACUUCUACUGGCUCCUCGUGGAGGGACUCUACCUGCACACCCUCCUGGUGGCCAUAUUCUCCCCCAACAGGUGCUUCCUGGCCUAUCUGCUGAUCGGAUGGGGGAUCCCCACUGUGUGCAUAGGCGCAUGGACCGCGGCCAGGCUCUCGUUGGAAGACACAGGUUGCUGGGAUACCAACGACCACAGCAUUCCCUGGUGGGUUAUCCGAAUACCAAUUUUAAUUUCUAUUAUAGUCAAUUUUGUCCUUUUCGUUAACAUCAUAAGGAUUCUGCUGCAGAAGCUGACAUCCCCUGACGUGGGUGGCAAUGACCAGUCACAGUAUAAGAGACUCGCCAAGUCCACACUGCUGCUCAUCCCGCUGUUCGGCGUGCACUACAUGGUGUUUGCCGUGUUUCCCAUCGGCAUCUCCUCCAAGUACCAGAUCCUGUUUGAGCUGUGCCUCGGUUCCUUCCAGGGACUGGUUGUGGCUGUUCUGUACUGCUUCCUGAACAGUGAGGUGCAGAGUGAGUUGAAAAGAAAGUGGAGAGGACUGUGCCCAACCCAGCCCAGGAGCCGGGACUACAGGCUGCACGGCUCAUCCAUCUCCCGGCACGGCUCAGAGAGUGCCCUGCAGUUCCACCGGGGCUCCCGCGCCCAGUCCUUCCUGCAGACAGAGACGUCAGUCAUCUAGCCCACUCCGAGAUGAAGGUGCAACGGGAGGCUGUAGGGUUCCUGCAAAGUGUAGUGUGCUCACUUCCUGCUGGUGCACGUGUUAGGGUCUCAACUUGGUCUAC